GGCCGCCGCCCACCCGGUACACACAGCAUGUAAACAGUCCCCGCCGGGAGGAGCCCCGGGACCGGAGGGAGCCGCGCCGUCCGGCCCCGCCGCCUGCCCGAGAGCCCGCAGAGCCGCGCGCUGCCCGCCCGGGAGGAGGGCGCCCGAGGAGAGAGGAGGGCGGGCGGGCGGCGGAGGGAGCGGGAGGCGGGCGGCGCGCGAGGAGGCUGAGCGAGCGGCGGGCGCGGCGGGCCAGGAUGGAUUUCCAGCAGCUGGCUGACGUUGCGGAGAAAUGGUGCUCCAACACGCCCUUCGAGCUCAUCGCCACCGAGGAGACCGAGCGCAGGAUGGAUUUCUACGCCGACCCCGGCGUCUCCUUCUACGUGCUGUGUCCGGACAACGGCUGCGGGGACAAUUUUCACGUGUGGAGCGAGAGCGAGGACUGCCUGCCUUUCCUGCAGCUAGCACAGGAUUACAUCUCCUCCUGCGGCAAGAAGACGCUCCACGAAGUCUUGGAAAAAGUCUUCAAGUCUUUCAGACCUUUACUGGGGCUUCCGGAUGCAGACGAUGAUGCGUUUGAAGAGUACAGUGCAGAUGUGGAAGAGGAGGAGCCCGAAGCAGACCACCCCCAAAUGGGGGUCAGUCAGCAGUAACCUUCCGAGGGCUCCCACCUGAGAAGGAGAGUGAACCCCCUGGUACCUGAGGUGGGGUUGCGUGUUCCUGGGUUAGCAUUUUUGCAUUAGCACUUCGAAACAGGACGUCUGACUCCCAGCAUCCAAAUUAAAACUAGGUACCUUUUUAUUGACCGCAAAAUAUCUGGGAUGAGCUUUGCUCAGAAGUGACCUGAAUUUUACUCCCGUUUCAGUGGGUUUCUAUGGGGUUGUCUCGGUAGCCUUUGCCAUUUUGAAUUUAGAGUCCAUUUUGUGGCUGACUGUUCUCUCUUGAGUUUGUGUUGGAGAACUAACAUUACCUGACUCGAAUGUAGAGAACUCUGAAUGUAUUAAGGAUAUGUUUUGAGUCCUCAAAGGUGACAUUAUUGAGGGAAAGCAUGACAGAGAAGAAAUGCAGUCUGCACUUUUUAUGUACUUUUUAAAUGUCCAUGAGUGAAGGAAUUUGCUUAUAAAGCAUGAGUUUUAAUAUCUAGUCAUGAAACGGCACAAGUGCAAAUACAAGGGCAGAAAAGGAUAAUCACUUAGCUUUGGAUGAAGAGGGGAAGAGAGGCAGAGAAGCCUUUGUUGAAGUGUCCUGCCAUUACUAAGUUACCUGGAUAGAUAGCAGCUGGUUCAUGGUUAGUAUAAACAUUACUUUGCAUGUUCAGUUAUUUUAAAACAUGCUAAUUCCAAAGCCUCUUUUGAAAUCUAAUAGUGGAAAAUAUCAAUGGGGUGACAAAUGAUUGAUUUCUUUAAAAUCUCUAUAAACUGUCCCACAUGUGAAAUGAAACAUUUACAUUCUCUCUUUAUAACCGGAUGGCAACUUGUUAAAUCAUGAAAACACUCAGAAUCCAAGUGCCACUUAAACUUUGAAGCCGUAGAUAAAUUUAAUGGGGGAAAUAAACCAGGAUAAAAUUUUUUCAAACAUAUGAUGGAAUUCUUUAAUUUCUUAAUUUGUCUUUUAUUCCUUAAAAAAAAAAGGUCAAGAAAAGGAUCCCACUGUAUAAUUUAUUUAAAAAACUGUAAUCAAGUCCUUGGAGGGACCUAACUGUAGUGAAUUUUUAAAGCGAUAUGAAAGUGGGAAUCUUGCAGUCGUGGGUUAGCUUGGUUCAAAUGGGAAGUUUCAAUGAUCAAAAUACUAAGACAACUCACAGAAACAGCUACUUAAUAAUUGGAAACACUGUUGUCGUUACUUAGCCAACAAAUACUUACAAGGGAAGUCCUUUGUAAUGCUAACGUGGAAUUAUUUAAAGUAUUCAUUUUCUUGGACCCUUCUGGAUCUCUCAAAGCGGAAUGCCUCUUUCACAACCCUUGACUAAACAUAGCAUCUGGGGCGGGAAUGUUUUUAACAUGCAUACACAUGCCUGUUAGGUUGUCAUAGUUUGGGACUUUAAAAAACAAAAAACAAAAAAACAGCAGCAGCGGGCACAGAGUUUCUGGGAGUCUUGUGGAGCUUCCAGGCAUGUCAGUAUUAACCUGGUGAUCUCUCCAUUUUCUGCUUGAUUGAUUGGUGCCAUGGAGAGUGCGGCUACUUGUGGUAGAACAGGGUACUGGCGUUUUAAGUCAUGGUGGGGAACGUACAGUGGUUUCCAUCCAUGCUUCAGUACCCACAUUUUUUCUUUUCUUGGCAAAGCGUAUUGAAGGUUAAUUUCAAGUGAAAUGAAUUUCCUUCCGAGUAGCCUAUUCCCACCGCAAACCUUGAUGUUUCAUCCAGCGGGGUGAGCAUAUUCUGUGCUUUGCUCCCUUGCCUGUGUCCCCAUUGGCUCCGUACCUGAGCGCAGGUAGUUGUGAGCUGCAUUCUGUAGAUAGCACUCGGGUUUGGUAACCUCUGUUUUAACACAAUAGGCUGAAAGAAUGACUUCUGCCACUGGGAUGAAGAAGCUUGACUAGCUUGCUCCAUUUGAAGGUAAACUGGAAUUUUAUACAUAGAGGCUUAAAAGCUCAAUUUACAUAUGUUUGCAAAUGGAACAGACAUUAAUAUAAAAUGUAUUUUAUGAAAAAGCGUUUAGGCUUUGACCAAAUGCAUUUUGGUAUUAUUAUGUUAAUGUUCUAUUUAUAAAAAUUGAACUGAGAUCAACUCAGCCAUUCAGUGGGCUGAGGAGAAAUCUCGUCUUUGUUCUGCCCCAGGGGUUGAGGAUAACAGUACUGUGUGUUGCUUACUUUCAUGGCAAAACCCCGGAAGGCAUUAGCAAAUCGCACCGUUUCCUCCAAAACUUCCUUGUUUUCUGACGGUGCGGGCACCUCCCCGGCUGCCCUUGCUGCGGCACAUGCCCGUGCCCGCGCUCCCUCCCACCGGCCGUGGGUUCGCUGUUCGGCUUGUGGGUGGCAUUAAAGCUCGCCUGGCGCAGAGCUUCCCCCCUCCCGUGGGCAGUGAAGCGGGCAGCCGGCAGCCGGCGUUGUUUGGGAAGAGGUUCCGUGGUUUGACAAAUUCCUGACUUUCACAAACAGAUGAACACUUACAAAGAGGCAGUGUGGUGCGGUGGGAAGAGCAUGGACCCGGGAGUUGGGAGAGAGACUUGGGUUCCAGCCCUGGCUCUACCAGGGACUGCGUGACCUUGGGCAAGUCCCCCAACUCCCCUGAAACAAGGGCUGUUUGCCCUUCCUGCUUUCACCACUGUCGUUCCCUACCUGCCUUAUGGUGUGUGUGUACUAAGAGCAACAGUCAAGGAAACUUUUAGGGAAAGGAGAAGGAAAUACGUUUUGAAUCUUGCCGGGAGGCAGUCCUGAGCGUGCUGGCCACAGGACUACCUUAGAAUAUGUUUCUGCUGGUCUGUGAGUGUCUGGACCCCCUCGAGCCUGAUCCUGAGGGGCUGAUGACUUCCCGUUCCUUAGGCGGAGGACAAUGUCAGGCCUCAGAGAUGCAGAGACAGACUUGUCGCAGAGGUGCAGGCUCUGUCUGCUGAAGGCGUGGCUUUCCCUUGUGCCCCGACAGACUGCGGCUUUGGAAGUGGAGGGAGUUUGCAUGAAGAAGAGCUGGGAGAGAGUGAAAGGGGAGUACUUUGACUUUCUGUCAUGUCAUCCAGGAGAGAGAACGAGGAGUGAAAGAGAGAGACUGUGUGUGUGUGCGAGAGCGUGUGAGUGUGUGUGAACGUUGGGGGGAGGGGGAUGACUGAUGGCCUGUUGAUCACUGUGGGCCAGCCGUGAAGUCCUGCCUGUGAUAACCUUACCAAACCUUGAUCCUGGGCUUGAGUGAAUCACAGAGACAUUUUUCUUAUGGCCGCCUAGUCACUGGCUCUGCCUGAGAGUCAUACUGAGCACACUUUGGGGAACCGGAGGAUGAGUUAGGGAGCGAGGUGGGACCCCACACGACACCCGCCACCACUCCGGCUCUGUUACACUCACGUCUCCCAGGCUCGUGCAGUACGUAGGACUUUGGGUUUUUUUCUUUUUUUUAUAUGACUAGAACAUGAAAAGUCUCAUAUUUAGGAAUUUUCCCUGUGUCCUGGUGCCAGAAUUAGGUUUCCGGGGUCCUUAAGUGAAAAAUUUCUCUCCUCUCAUGGCUACGGUCAUUUUUCACAUACAAAUGGAAACUUUUCCUCCAGCACAGCGACAUCUCUAAAGAUUGUGUCUGUCUCAUAAGAGCACAAAGUGUGUGGACCUCGGGGAGCUAUGCUUCCAGAGCAUUGCUGGAAUUUAUAUUUUAGAAAUCUACCUUGCAUAUUAAAAUUCACAAGUUGGGAAACUGAUAUGAACAAAUCUGAUUUCCCAUGGUUCAGGAGGCAGGAAUAGGAAUAGGCAGGACUUACUCUGGGGUGGGAGGAGAUGAGAAAGGGAGAAUGGGAGAGUUAGGGUCUAAUUCUUUUAAAAAAGAGAGAAAAGAAGAAGCCGGAAGACAGGUAUUAUGUACGCGACAGGAGAACUGUUUUCACGGCUGUCCCGCUAGGAGCUGGCUUUACUCAAAGGGGCUGCCUGCACUUUGAGAGGCAAGGCCCGUGUUGGGGAUGGAUUUGUGGCUCUACAGAUGCCCCACAGCCAAGGACACAGCAGGUGUCCCGCAAAUCUGGUGUGGUUUCCCUCAGUAAACCCGCUGUCAGCCAGAGAAGCCCGUCUUUCCCAAGUGCGACCACGUCUGCGGGCUCCAAUCACCUGGCAGGUGGCAGGUGAACCAGACUUGAACUUGCUCUCAGUGUGGUUGAGGCCAUGGGUCAGGAAUGCCCUCGGGGGCUGGGCGGCAGAGCCCGCCUACUCCACUUGCUUCAGGGCUGUAGAAAGAGCACAGUUAAAACUCAAGUGGAUCGCAGAUCCCUCUUCCCUAUAGCGACUGUCAACCCCAAAGAGGGGCUCUGCCUACUAGUCUUCAGAUUACCAGAGAAGCCUAACAUUUUUAUUUAUUUAUUUUUUUUGAAUGAAACAUGAAUCCUCUUCCACAAAGAGCCAAUUAGUUAUCUUGGUUUUGUGACACCAGGUAUGACCUGAAAGGCUGCAGUCUUUUAGAUGUUAUUUAGAACAUCUACAACUUGCCGGGAUGCCCGUAGCCUCUGGUGUCCAUGGCAACGUGGGGUCCGUGGUAAAUAUCUAUAGCUCCCGUCCCCCUGGGUAAACCGUUAAACAAGAUGGUGUCAUUGAUAUUUUUAUUUAAAUUUGUAUUACAAAAAUAGAGGACCCAUGAGCAUCACAUGUUAGAAGCCUCAUUUACGGCACUGUGUGGCUGAAUAGACCCAAGCCAUUGGAGGCAAGCGCCAAGCCGCAUCAAAAUAAACACUUCAUUUACUAAGAACUGUAUUCAAGUGAUUCAGGCCCACCGAGAAAGCAGAUAGUCUGUUCUUUGCACAACUGCCUUUCCCUGGUUCUUUCUUUUGUUUUUGUUUCUUAAGAGUCAUUUUUUACAUUUUUUACUCUGAGUACCUUCUGAUAGCCAGGCAGAUAAAGACGCAGCAGUCCUGCGUACACACGUCACCUUUCUAGAGGAGAAAGCAAAUUGUCAGUUCUUGGGAAAAUCGGAAACGAUCUGUGAGCCAGCCUUCGUUUGUGUAUGAGAGCAGAGUUGAGCCAUCCAUGUGAGAAACAAAAUCAAGGAACAGUUUUGGGGUUCUUUUUCCUUAGGCAAAAAUGUUUCAUGCAGGGUGUGGAUGUUUUCUUUGCCUUUAUAUUUCCUUUCCAAGAAAUCUCUUGUAAAUGACAAAACUGUGAAAUGGGUUGCCAAAAAAACUGUUGCCCUUUGUUUUAGAUGCCUCAAACAGUGUAAAUCCUAAACUGAACCCUGUCCACAUCUGCUCCAUCCUCCCUCCCCAGAGAGUGAGGAUCUCAUCCACCAAUGUAAUUACCAUACGCUUGCUAUUAAAGAGCCUUCCAAACUCUG